AUGGGGCCAAAACGCAGGAGUACGAGGCCUGUACCGUACGACCCUGAACUACUAGAGAAUUGGACAAUUGCUAGGCUCCAAGAAGAAUUACGUUCUCUCAACGUUCCUUUUAGGCCUGGAUCGAAGCGUAUGGGUUUGGUAAAGAAGUUACGGGAAGCGAGAACUUCUACCCCCGUCGGACUACACAGGAGCGCGAGACGUGCGGUAUACCACAAUGCAUCGCGGCAAGAUGGAGGACCGGAUGCUUCACGUGAGUCCGUAAACACAGCAUCUCAACAUGAAACCGGGUUGUCAAGUAGUAAUAACCAUUUGGUGAACUUGGUUACGAGCUUGUCAGAAAGUGUAGCUACAUUACAGGAGUGCUACCAGCGCCUGGAAAAUAAAAUAGACUCCCAAUCCAGGCUUCAAGUGGCAGCUGCCGCCGGUAGCGAGAGACAGAUAGCCACAUCAGUGACGGUGACACAGGUGCCCCCAAUUUCGUCUCCACCGCAACAGAUAGCCACAUCAAUGACACAGGUGCCCAUAACUUCGUCUCAACCACAACAGGAAUACACCUUGGACACGGCUUACAGGCGUUUCGAGGACGAAUCCACGCAACAACAAGAUGGAACGGUUCCGGAGACUGGCUCCUCUAGCAGACAUUUAUCCUGUUCCGUGUCUACCCAUGGCAUCCCUCAUGAUGAGCUAAGCGAGGAAGUCAACUUAUUGUGGGACUCUGCAUUAAGUAAGAGAACUCAAGCUACUUACCAGUCAGGAUUGAACUGUUUUCUGACCUUUGUGCUUAUGCAGGGACUCGGUUUUCCAGUGAACUGUUUGCCUCCAAUCAAUGAAGACGUGCUUAUUAACUUUGUUACACACUGUCAGAAGGCUUUGCAUCUCAAAUUCGACACCAUUAAAUUGUACCUGGCUGGUAUCAGGUUUCAUUACAUUAAAAGGAAAUUGGGUGACCCUACUGCCAACACCCUUAGACUGUCGUACAUUUUGCGUGCUAUUAAGAAGACGCAGGUGAAUACCUCUUUCAAACGUCUUCCUAUAACAUGUACAUUAUUAACUAAAAUGUGCGCUGCUAUUACACAGCAUGGUAUGUUUAACCCUUUCUUAGAUCUCAUGUUAUCAUGUAUUUUCAAAACUGCUUUCUAUGGUUUUUUAAGAUGUGGUGAGUUUACAUGCAAAUCAAUAUGUGAUACUAAUUUCAUUCGUAUUUGUGAUAUUUGCGUGUUACCAGAUCUGUCCUGCUAUACUCUCACCUUGAGGUCGUCUAAGACGGACCCAUUCGGCAGAGGAGUGGAUAUUAAUAUUUAUGAAAAUAGUGUCUUAAAACCCGUGUCUACUAUGAGUACAUACUUAAAUCUUAGGGUAUCGUCAGGUGCUAUUCCUACAUCUCCUCUGUUUGUAGAACAGGUUCACCUUGCUAAACCUCUUAUGCGUCAUACGUUUAUAGCUUAUCUUAAGGAGACAUUGUCUCGGAUUGGCAUUGAUAAUCAGCCUUUUAAUGGUCACUCUUUUCGUAUCGGAGCCAGUACCUCAGCCGCUGCAGCGGGGGUAGAAGAUCACGUUAUACAGACCCUUGGUAGGUGGUCAUCUGAUUGUUUCAUACGUUACAUUCGUAUAGAUCCUGCUACUAUCCGUCGAGCGCAGCAGAAGAUGUCCUCUCGAUCUUAG